GUGAAGCACGAUGGUUGAAUUCAGAUGGAUUAUAAUGUCUUUAUUUCUGAUGCUGGUGUUUAGGUUUCCAGCAGCAACUGGACAACAGUCUUUCAUAAUCAGAGUUGAAGAUGAAGUCACUCUGUCUUGUAAAAAUGUGAUAGAUGAUAAGGGUAAGUGUGACAGUACUACAUGGAUCUUCACUGAUUCAAGAACGAAACAAACGGUACUGCUGUUUGAACAAGGGCAGAUUCUCAACGAUGCCAAAGCUAAAUCAGACAGACGUGUUACAGAGAAAUGUUCUCUGGUUAUAAAGAAGGUCACAGUCGAGGAUGUUGGUCUUUACACCUGCAGACAGUUCAGAUCAGGACAACAACAAGGUGAAGACUCUGCGGUUCAUCUGUCUGUUAUUAACAUGACUGAACAUCAGGACGCUGAUAAGGUGACGUUAACCUGCUCUGUGUUGAUAUAUGAACACUGUAGUCACACAGUGGAGUGGCUGUAUGAGGGUAAUAAGAAUGAUUUGACAGACAUGAAGAGAUCACAGCAUUCCUGUUCAGCCACUGUGACAUUUACAACAUCUGACUUUAAUCAGAAGUCGAAGCAUCCUGAGUUGUUUAAAUGUAACGUGACUGAUAGUUACACUAAAAAAGCGCAGCUGUUUCCCUUCAGCCCUCAGUCCUCAGAUGGGGAUGCAACAACAACAAGAUCAAUAUUGACAGCAGCACAAACAACAACAACAAUGGGAUCAACAACAAAACAAGAAGGUGAGGUGGUUAAAAUGUAG